AUGGCCGAGCCGAGUCCGAGUCAGCAAACUUCCCCGAACAAUCCUUCCCCUACCUCUCCCUCUUUCGCUAAACCUACCGCCACCGCGCAGCAUCCCCAAAAAUUAGACACCGCCAGCUCGCGUGAGUUCGACGAAUCCGCAAGACCUGGCAAACGACCACGCCUUGACCCCCCGCAGAUGACGGCGGCUGUUGCAUUUGCCCAAGCGCAACAGAAGUCCCCCUCCCCCGUCUCCACAAGUACCAGUCCAAAUCCGUCCCAUCAAGCUCUCAGUAAUCUGAUGGGUGCAAAUGAGAAUGUCGUGAGCAAGGCUCCAGCUGCAUCUGCAACCACAGACAACCCAGCCAAAACAGUCAGCGAACCCUUCGCCGAGGUCGCUCAGAACAUUGAACAACCUACAAGAACGAGUCCCGAGGUGGUAUCAUCAUCUGCCGACAAUCAUGUCCUGCAGACAAGUCCCACAAGUCUAUCCAGUGUGGAAACUUUGGACAGUAUGGCCGCUGCUACUGCCAUAACCACCACCGUAGGCAGUCCAUUACCCAUUGCGGAGACUGUUCGCCAAGUCGUAAAUGCUUCUGAGGCAGGCUCAACCUCCCCCGCCGACGAGUCCCCCAGCAACAAGGCUUUCUCUUAUCCAGCACCUUUAUUGCAGCCGCCAGUAAAUGAAAGUGCGAGGCGGGGGAUGAGCUUGCCUCAUUCAGGCACACGACAAGGUACAAGAUCUCCUUCCAGCAAAAAGCAUAGAUGCCCAUACUGCGCCACCGAAUUCACCCGUCAUCACAAUCUAAAGAGCCAUUUGUUAACACAUAGCCAAGAAAAACCCUACGUUUGUUCCACCUGUCAAUCCAGGUUUCGCCGAUUACAUGAUCUCAAACGACACACCAAACUUCACACAGGAGAACGACCGCACAUUUGCCCCAGAUGUGGACGGAAGUUCGCAAGAGGUGAUGCUUUGGCCCGGCACAACAAAGGCCCCGGUGGUUGUGCUGGUCGAAGAGCGAGCCUUGGGAGUUUCGGUGGUGACGAUGAUGAUGCUAAUGAUGGUUCCAUGGAAGGUAUCAUGUACCAUGAACCUGAUGCCAUGGAUGAUGAAGAAGGCAACGAUAAAAGGCCUGCCAUUCGUCGCCAGGCGCCUUCAGGAGAUGAUACUAUGGAUGACUCGGACCAUGCUUCACGCCUUCCAAGUACAUAUCCUCCCCUGCAAGGCCCUCCGCCUGGUGGCAUAGCGGGUGGCUUCUUCCCACCAAGAAAUGCCUUUAACCAGCCCAGCACUGGCGUUUCCAUGGCUGCAGGUGCAGCGGCAGUCCCACUACCAUUCCCUCAGCUUUCUGGCUCUACUUCCAGCUCCCGACCAUCGGCGCAGGGAAGUACAGUAUUUGCACCCAGUCAAAUUAGUGAAAGUCCAAAGCCACUUUCGCCCAAUCAAACACAGAGGGGCUCCGUUCCAGGUCUCUCUGAGGGGAGCCUGGGGCGGAAUCGUUCCCCCAGCAUGGCACAUUAUCAGCAGGCUCAAUAUAAUCGUGUCAGCGCCCCUGGAUCUCUGGGUUUACCGACAGCACCGCAGCUUCCCCUUCCACCACCCUUGAAUCCCCCUGAUUCGCGGUACACAUUGCCCAGUCAAAGCGCUCCAGCACAUCCUCCAACCCAGCCUAGUGGACCGCCUACGCACAUGGCUGGUAGUGGUCCCUUGUCAUCUCAUAGUAACAGCUUAUCCAGUCACCACGGUAGUGGUGAGAACAGCAAUUCCAUGUUUGCCAAGGAAGAUCGCCUUUGGGCGUAUGUGAGCAGUUUGGAGCAGAGGAUGAAUUCAAUGCAAGAGGAGAUUAAUUCCUUGAAGCAGCAAUUAAACUCUGCACAAGCACAAGCUCAUCGGAUCAAUUGA